UCCGGGGCUGUCACUUCUGCGUGCUUCUCGGAAAGGAGUCUGAACAGGGAGCGCUCCGGGGAGUCGUCGGGGAGGAUGCCCGGGCGUCGGCUGUGUCCCCAAGCUGCUCGCCGGCGCUGGCGAGGAAGGCAGUCGGGAUAACGCCGCCCAAACUUUCCUUCGCAGCAGCGUUGGCAGGAAACGUCCCUCUCUGAGGCUCACCAAAAGCCGAAAAAGACUCGGACGCUUGGAGGAGGCAGGGCCAAGCCUGCGCAGGAGAGGUUCCCCGGAGCCCUGGAGAUGUCCUAGGGGACCAGGCUAAUCGCCGGCUUGCGCCCAAGCGAAGGGAAGUCCUGCAGGCACGGCGCCUCCUUCCCUGAGCCCCGCAGUGACCGUGACCUCCGCGCGCACCCCCGCGCACGUGCUCGCGGCCGAGGAAGAGGAACGGUCCUGCUGAAUCCUCUAGAGGACGGCGACUAGCGAGCAGGCCAAGAGCGCAUGGAGGUGCCGCGGGGGCGGUGCGGCUCGCCAGCUGCGCGGAGGAACGUGCACGCCGCGCCCCGGCCUCCCCGGGGACCUGGCCGGCCGCUGCCCGCACUUCCUGCCGCUGGUCUUCCAGGCGCGAGCCGCCGCUUGCAGCAGAGAACCCGUUGAGCUUCGUGCCCGGCAGCACCCCCGGUCCCCCGCGCGGGGCGGACUUGCGGCGGGACAGGUGUAGCCGGCAGCCGCAGGCGCUGCGCUCAGGACUGGGCGGGCUCGGCUGGCCGGGUGUUAGCUCGCCGCGCGCGGAACUCCGGUCCCCGCCACGCAGGCCGGUCGGUGAGCCACUUCGCACCGCCACAGCCCUAGCAUCGGGCCACCAGCCGGGGUGAAGAAAGUCACGGCGGAGCCCGGCUCCCCAGUCCUGAUGCUGGCUGCCGGUGGCGGGCUCCACGCCGGCCCCGGGACCUAGGCAGCCGCGCGAGACCGCUGCGGGCGCCUCCCCCAUGCUGCUCGGAGCGUCCUGGCUGUGCGCAUCCAAGGCGGCCGCCGCUGCUGCGCAGAGCGAGGGCGACGAGGACAGGCCAGGCGAGCGACGGCGGCGUCGGGCGGCGGCCACCGCCGCGGGGGCGGGCGAGGACAUGGACGAGUCGUCGCUGCUGGACCUGCUGGAGUGCUCCGUGUGUCUGGAGCGCCUGGACACCACGGCCAAGGUGCUGCCAUGCCAACACACUUUCUGCCGCCGCUGCCUGGAGAGCAUCGUGUGCUCGCGCCACGAGCUGCGCUGCCCCGAGUGCCGCAUCCUGGUGGGCUGCGGCGUGGACGAACUGCCCGCCAACAUCUUGCUGGUGCGACUGCUGGACGGCAUCCGUCAGCGGCCCCGCGCGGGCACCAGCCCCGGCGGCAGCCCGCCCGCGCGUCCCAUCCCAGGCCAGAGUGCGGCCCCCACGCUCGCGGGCGGCGGGGGCGGCGCGGCAGGCAGCACCCCGGGUUCCCCGGUUUUCCUCUCCGCGGCCGCGGGCAGCACCGCCGGCAGUCUGCGGGAGCUGGCGACCAGCAGGACCGCGCCGGUGGCAAAGAAUCCCUGCCUGCUUCCCUAUGGCAAGGCCCUCUACAGCUACGAGGGGAAGGAACCUGGUGACCUCAAGUUCAACAAGGGGGACAUCAUCGUCCUGCGGCGCAAGGUGGAUGAACAGUGGUACCACGGCGAGCUGCACGGCACACAGGGCUUCCUCCCAGCCAGCUAUAUCCAGUGCAUCCAGCCCUUGCCACACGCCCCGCCCCAGGGAAAAGCACUUUAUGAUUUCGAGAUGAAGGACAAAGACCAAGACAAGGACUGUCUGACCUUCACCAAGGAUGAGAUUCUGACGGUGCUCAGGAGAGUGGAUGAGAACUGGGCGGAAGGCAUGCUGGGAGACAAGAUCGGGAUCUUCCCGCUCCUGUACGUGGAGCUCAAUGACUCCGCCAAGCAGCUCAUUGAGAUGGACAAGCCAUGCCCAGCCGCUGCAUCCAGCUGCAAUGCCUCCCUGCCCUCUGACUCCGGCGCUGUGGCCAGCAUGGCCCCAAGUCCCACUUUAAGCAGCUCAGGGGCGGUCAGUGCCUUUCAGCGGCGUGUGGAUGGCAAGAAGAACACCAAGAAACGCCACUCCUUCACCGCGCUCAGUGUGACGCACAGAUCCUCCCAGGCUGCCAGCCACAGGCAUUCCAUGGAAAUUAGUGCUCCAGUGUUGAUCAGCUCCAGCGAUCCCCGAGCCGCGGCCAGGAUUGGAGACCUUGCUCAUCUGUCGUGCGCUGCUCCCACCCAGGAUGUCUCCUCCUCGGCGGGAUCUACCCCCACGGCUGUCCCACGGGCUGCCUCGGUGUCUGGAGAGCAGGGCACGCCUCCCAAGGUCCAGCUGCCCCUCAACGUGUACCUGGCGCUCUACGCCUACAAGCCCCAGAAGAGUGACGAGCUGGAGCUGCACAAGGGAGAGAUGUACCGGGUCCUCGAGAAGUGUCAGGAUGGCUGGUUCAAGGGGGCGUCUCUGAGGACCGGGGUCUCUGGGGUGUUCCCCGGAAACUACGUGACACCCGUUUCCAGGGUGCCUGCAGGAGGGGCAGGGCCGCCCCGGAAUAAUGUGGUCGGAGGGUCUCCACUGGCCAAAGGGAUAACCACAACCAUGUACCCAGGCAGUGGGAGUCUGAGCAGCCUGGCCACUGCCACCAGGCCCGCCCUGCCCAUCACCACUCCCCAGGUCCACGCCCAGCACCCCACAGCCUCGCCCCCAACAGGCAGCUGUCUACGGCACUCAGCCCAGCCAGCGGCCAGCCAAGCCCGGAGCACCAUUUCAAUAGCUGCCCACUCUGCAGCCCAGGCUCAGGACCGGCCAACUGCCACCGUGUCACCCCUGCGCACCCAGAACUCUCCAUCCCGCCUGCCUGCCACCAGCCUCAGGCCCCACUCGGUGGUGUCCCCGCAGCACAGCCACCAGCCCCCGGUGCAGAUAUGCCCACGGCCGGCCAUCCCCCUCACAUCAGCAGCAUCAGCCAUCACACCUCCCAACGUCAGUGCCGCAAACCUCAACGGGGAGGCUGGAGGGGGGCCCAUCGGUGUUCUGUCCACAUCCAGCCCCACCAACACGGGAUGCAAACUAGACGAGAAGAAAAGUGAAAAGAAAGAGAAGAAGAGUGGGCUCCUGAAGCUUCUAGCCGGAGCAUCCACCAAGAAGAAGUCACGCUCCCCGCCAUCUGUGUCUCCAACCCACGACCCCCAGGUGGCCGUGGACGCCCUGCUCCAAGGUGCAGUGGGCCCCGAAGUGUCCUCACUGUCCAUCCACGGCAGGGCAGGGUCCUGCCCCAUAGAGAGCGAGAUGCAGGGUGCCAUGGGGAUGGAGCCUCUGCACAGGAAGGCAGGCUCCUUGGAUCUAAACUUCACAUCUCCUUCCCGGCAAGCACCGCUGUCCAUGGCUGCCAUCCGCCCCGAGCCCAAGCCGUUGCCCAGAGAGAGGUACCGCGUGGUGGUCUCGUACCCACCCCAGAGUGAGGCGGAGAUCGAGCUGAAGGAAGGCGACAUCGUCUUUGUGCACAAGAAGCGUGAGGACGGCUGGUACAAGGGGACCCUGCAGCGGAACGGCCGCACAGGCCUCUUCCCGGGCAGCUUCGUCGAGAGCUUCUGAGAACUGGUGCUCCCUGCACCCAGCUCACAGAGGGGGAGGCCGCCUGGGAAGCUCCAAGGCACCUGGGGGGGGGAAUGCCCUGGCCCAGGGUGGGGGCCAGGGACUGUGGAGGUCGUGCCUUCUCCCAAAACCCCCAAACGGAGAGCACACCUGGGAUGUUCUUCAAGGAAAUGCCCACCCCCUCUGUGGAAACUGCAAAGAAAGCACCUUGAGGAAGAGGCAGGUGCCGGCGCAGGCAGGCCUGUGGCUGUGGUUUGCAGCCAUGGCAGCGUUCUCAUUUACCACCUAAGCAGGGUUGGAGGUUGGAGGAGGUCUGCAGGCGAGGUGGGUGGCAUGGGGGCCAGGAGCGCUGGAGAUCAUCUUUCUGGGCUGCCCUGGGCUUCCCGCGGGGCCCAGGUUGCUCUGUCACCAUUCUAUAUACCUCAGUCACCUGCCGCCCGGCUGCUCAGCAGGGGUGUUUGUGAGGCCCUGGGGGUGCCCCGGAAGGGGCACCCCACCGCCCCUGUGGGAACCGGAGCAGAAUCUGUGGGCUUGUCGCCUGCCAGUAGUAUAAGCAACAUUUUCUGUUCACCACCAUUGUCCCUUGCAUUACUUCUUUCUUACAGCAUAUUUUUAACGUAAAGCUGUUAGACUUUAUAUAUUUCUAAUAGGUCAGACAUUGCCUAUUUUUCAUACAUCUGGUGCUGCCUUUUUGUAAAACUAAUAAUGACUUGGUUGAGCUUGAAAGAAAAGAUGUCUGAGGCGACAUCAAAGGGGCAGAAUUUUUAUAUUUCCCAUAUGGCUUUGGGAGAGCGCCGAGAAGCCUCCAUCCCGCACCUCAGCGCUGGCCAGUACUCUGGGGGCUGGCGGGGUGGAUCCAUUGAGGGGGUCGGAGGGAGCUUGGAAGCAGCCGGUUUCUUUAAACUCUUACCAAAACCCCGCGCUCUGUCUAGACGCUGAUGAUUAUUAUUCAAGACCUGGAAACAUUUCAAGGAAGGGCCACUAUAAUUGUCCUUUUGUGUGGCGGUAGAAGGAGCACGCAGGUCAACCCCAGCCGGGAAGGCAAAAUCUUCCCUUUAUUGCCUCAGAGAGAACUGCAAUUAGCAUUCUCAGAAGAUGAUUUCUUGGUAUCAAAAUGUGCAGUUUCUACAACAGUUUAGAUCACCACCACCAUUUUUCUUCUUUUUUAAAAAUAAAUAACUGCUCCCAUUUCAGGCAGUGCAAACCUUCAUCUGCUGGAGACCAGAGGUACAAGGAGAUCAGGGGGUUGCGGCACCGCUGCAGGCUUGCAAGAUCGGGGAGUUGGGAGGGCGAGAGAGGAGGAGGUGCAGCUUUGAUGCUGGGACUUCCCUGAGUGGGGCUGAUGAAUGUAUAUUCAUUAGCACCAUGGCUCACUUCCCAGGAAGACUGAUCAGGAGCCCUUCAGGGACAAUUUUGUUCUCAAGAUUCACACCUUAGGAACACAUUUUUAUCACCUCAAAAUUUUGAUCCAUCACCCCUCUCUCCACCUAUAUUUUUACAAAUACCAUUCAGACUUAAAUUAAGCUGAACAAACUAGCCUUUGGUAACAUAGGGUGUCGUUGGUUUUCAGGGAUGUAACCAAUUCCAGAAAUACCUUCUUUUGCCUGGCACGAAGCCUUUGAAACACGGGCCGCUUAUUUUCAGAGUUCCUGUUUUGGGACGUGACUUGGCUACUUGUUACUUCCAGGUGGUUACCACACGGCGGGGGUCAUGCCUUUCCCUCCCCCCAGAUGAUAAUAGAUUUAAUAGACUCAAAGAAGUUGUUCAGAGUCAAAGAAGAAAAAGUCUGGCUUAAACAUAGUAACUUCUGUGUGCCAGGUUAAUGACAACCAAAAGCUGUCUAUUUACCAUUAUUGCCAAACUUCAUCAGUUGCCCAUCCUGCACCAAAAUCCUGUGCGUGUUUAAAUUCACGUUGUCACCAAAGAGGUGCACAGAUCAACAACCUGGAUGACGCAGGUGUUCUCCAGGGAAACCAGACCAAGUCAAGCCUCCAGGUAACUUUUUUGAAGUCUUUUUUUUAAGGCGCGCAGGUACCAAGCAACAGAAUAGAGUAACCUGAACGUUCUUACUCUCCCAGGCAUGGCCCACAUGGUGCUUCAGGUAGAAACAUGCUUCACCCUCCUGGUGGGGGGCGAGGACACAGCCCACUGCGUGCAGCAUGGUAGAGAGCUGGGGCGAGUAUCUCCAUGUCUUUGGAGGAUGUCAGCUGGCCGCUUUCAGGGCAGAGUCGGGUGGGCGUUGGGGCCACCUCAGGAAGGAGAGCGAUGCGUGGGUCUGGCCAGAGCUCUGGAGCCAAUGCCGGGCUGCCUGAGAGCAGAGGAAACGCAUGGCCCACGUGCAUUUCUGAGUAUUUUAAACUCGUUCAGGCCCUGCAGCCUUCAUGAUGAUGUAGCUUGCAGAGAAGAGCAGGAGCAGAAUUAGCCCUUUCUUCAGGCCAUCUUGCCUCAAAGGGCACACACAUGUUGGGUGGUUAAGAUGAAACUAACCCUUAUGUUUCAUCCUGGCCCCAUGAUGUACACAUCUUAGCCAUGUAGUGGCCUUGGGGGGCCACAGAGAUUUCCUUUGAGGAGCAUGGUAGAGUCCACAGCCAUGGCUGAAGUCAGUGGACACCGAGGGGACAGGACUGCAGGCCACCAGGGGCCUCUGCCCAGAGGGAGGCAGAGAGGAUGGCGGCCACGGGUGCUCUCCUAGCAUCCUCAUGGGGUGAUGCCAGGCCGGGCACUUCAAAACAGGCUCAGCCGACUGGGAGAUCCUUUGUACUUUGCACAGUUCACACACACAAACACACACACCCUAUCCCAAGUGUUUUUGUUAGACACAAAUGUCAGCGUGUGAUUUUGAAAGACUUGUCAGUGAUGACAAACCAUGAUGCCUGUGUUUCUGAGUCUUUAAAUAAAAAUGAACAUGGAGAA